CUCGCGCCGCUGUGCGGUGUGUACACAACUUCCGAGUCAAAAAAGAUGUUGAAUAGUCUAGCUCGUAAACCAUUCAACGUCGUUCUUACUCGCAGCAUGUGAAUGGCUUUAUCGCGCGUAUGGAUGACAUAAUCCAGGGUGAAGAGCCUCAGGGUUUGUUCUCGAAGCGUUCAUCGUCGAAUAUUCUCUCCGAUCCGAGAAUUUUAGCUCACUUGCGGAUCGUGGCGGAGGAGGCGCAAAGCUCCGAUAAGGACCACGAACAAGAUGAGGAGUCCGAGCUACAGAACACGAAACGAGAGCUUGGACUUAAGAUAGCGGCUUACAAUAAAGGAAACCAACAUGGCGCAUUCCGACUGAUAUUGAAGGAGGAUUUAGGCUUCGAAGGAGCUUUACGAUUCUACUUUGAAGACGGCAAAGAAGAACUGACAAAGGCUCUGCGCCUGACAAACAAAACACUGGUCUCUGAGCUGUUGCCAACGCUGAUUGAAAAGUUCAAGCCUGAUUUGGUAAACUCUGCGGUCGAGAAAAAAGCUAAACUGUACGAAGUUUAUGAAGAAGAUGAAAUUUGUUUAGACCCUUCAGAUGCCCCUCUUGAAAUUGCACUAAAUGCCAAAAAGCUUCCAAGAUUUGUUUUGCGUUUGGAUUACAAAAAUUCUCCACAGACGUCUGUAAUAUCAAAUGGUGAAAGUGUCAUAAACAAGACAUCAUUGCCUAAUGGAACAGCCUUGAGCAAUCGUGCUACAACCCCCAGCAUUCCAUCUCCAAGUCCAUCAAAGGCUAGCACACACACUGCUGGUAGUGACAACAGCUCCACUGGCAGCUCUGCGGGGCAAUCACACUUGAGGAAUGAGAGCCCAGUUCCUGGCAACAAGCUAUUUACAAAGUCGAAAACCCCACCACCAGUUCACAGUGCGAUAAAUGACAAAAUGCCAUCGUCAUCGAAAAAUGACAAGAAGAGGAACUUUUUCAGUUCACCACGAAGUGCUUUUGGGAUGUUUUUUGAUGGAGCUGGAAAUCAGUCUGAUCAGAGUUCCCAUGCUGCAAACAAAAUGGCUCGGGCAAAGCACAAAAGGAAAGGAUCUUUGGGCCGUCUGAGAAUAAAGAAGAAAACUGAAGAAAAGACACACACUGAAUUGUCCACGGAGCAGAUGGCUCCUGGCAUUCUUAAAGUCUUUGGUGAUCAUGUUUCACCAGGUUCAAACUACAAAAGUGUUCGAGCUACUGAGAUGACAACUGCAGAUGAAAUCGUUCAGCAGGCCCUUGAGAGGUAUUCACUUUCCAGGGAAAAGGCAUCAGAUUAUGUGCUUUGUGAUGUGAUUGGGUACUUUACAAAAAGGACGGGCAGUGUUAGUAAUGCCGAGGAAGAUGCUGAUAAGUGGAUAACAGAGUAUGCCAGAGUGAUCAGUGACAAAGAGAAACCUCUUGUGCUUCAACAGUUGUGGAAGCCAAUCAAAGGGUUUUCUCGUAGGUUUGAGCUACGGAAACGAAUUGAAACACAGGAUUCAUCAUUCUUUAAAGCAAGGGGAAGUGUUGCAAUCAUGAAAGCUGCAUCAGUACGUGAAGCUCAUGUACCUCCAAGCAUCAAAGAAAACCGACGAGAUACAGGACAAAGUGAAGUGUCGCAUCUGUCAUCAGGUGAAGAGCAAUUGUCAAGUAUUGGUGUGGACGAGGGAGGGAGCUCUGGACGAGCAUCAAUGAUUGCAUCACCAUUUAUUGCACCUACAGACACACCCUAUCUUCUUCUUCUUAAAGGCUGUAGUAAUGCUGAUGACUUCUUAUACCACAGACUAGAUGAACAAUUAGCUGUGGUUGGUCGCCCUGUGCAUCACAUUGAAACAGACCAAUCUCCUGAUAUUGUUCUAUUAGCUCCAGACAUUCUACCUCAGCACUGCAUUUUAAGUAAAAGAGUCGAAUCAUCUGCUCCAGACUUUGAACAAGACUAUGACGUUAAUUUUGCGGUCUAUUUAGAACCUUCCAGAAGUGCAGAUGUUUGCAUAAAUGGAGAAGCUGUUUCGUCGCCCACUAAACUCACCCCAGGGGACUUAGUUUCAUUUGGGAAGCAUUACUAUUUCUUAUUCAAAGAUCCCUCUCAGGUGGCAGAUAGUUCCAUGAAGCUAACUUGGGUUAAUCAUUUGAAACAAUUUUACAAGUUGCAGAUGUCACAAAUACUUCAGAGCUUUCCUGACAGUAAUAGUGCAACAACUGUUGUAGGCAUUGAAGAUGAGCCAAGCAAUAGUUUGCAGUUGUCGUACUUGCCACAAGAUGAGGAUGAGUUGCUGGAAUUGAUAAUGAACAUUGUGGAUUUAGCAGGAGAUGGCUACAAGUUGUCUCCAGCAUAUUUGUUAAUUAUGUGUAUUGAACAUUCUGCGCAAUAUCACACGGAACUGCAAACAAGGCAGCUUCUCAUCAAGAUGUCCAAUGCAAUCCAGACUGUAGCAUCAGAGAAGACAACAGAAAUGUCCAAGACAAUAGAGAGAACAACAGUACCAGAAAAGGCAUUAGAAGAGCUUCUUCCUCAGCUGAGACCAGUAGUUUUCUGGAUGGCCAAUUGUCUGGAAAUGCUUCCCUAUCUCCAAGUCAACAUGUCUCAGUUCAUCAAAGAUCCUUCUCAAGUUGCUGAGUAUGGUGAUGAAGCUUUGCUCAAUGCUGAUGAGGAAUUGCUCAUGUUUCUUGAGGAAGUUAUCAUUUAUACUUUUCAACAGACUGUGUACCACCUCACUAAGGUGUUGUACAUCGCUCUUCCGGCCAUUUUGGACACGAAUCCAUUCCAAGAUACAGACGAAGACAGCGACAAGAAACCGCAAGAAGUAGAAACCGUCAUCAGCAUCUUCCAAACCACUUACGACGUUGUUAAAACGUAUUCAGUUCACGAAGACAUAAUCCACCAACUCUUUGCAUAUUUAUUUUUCUUUACAAACGCUUCCCUGUUCAACACGUUGAUGGAGCGGGGAGCUGGGGGCAAGUUCUACCGCUGGGCCAAAGGAGCGCAGAUACGGGGUAACCUGGAUUUGUUGGAGAGCUGGGCUGCGCAGGUUCAACUUCAGGACGAGGCUAAUGACUAUUUGAACAGACUGUCCACCGCGACUGAUUUGUUGGCCACGCCCAAAGUGCAGCUUUUGCAGGCUGACUGGAUGACAAUCAGAAGAGACUUCCCGGCACUUAACCCGGCUCAAGUGCAGCAAAUUCUGGGUGAAUACCAGCUCGGCCCUGGCAGGUCUCGACCAAGAGGCUGGUUUCCUCCUCCUGAGGAAGUGGAACCCGCGCUUCGUACAGCGGACAUCUUACUAAACUUCUCUGAACAUCCUCCGUUAAAACUACCGACUGAAGGAUUUGUACUGGACUUCGAGACGGGACCGUCGGAUCCGUCUUUCUACCACUAUCUGGAUGAGGUUAAACGGGCAAUGAAUGCAGGUCAAAGUACUACAGGAUCAGACAUGACAAGAGUCAAUGGAAUAAACAGAGUUCAGCAACCGGAACCGGAAGUGAGCCAUUCGGAUGUGAUUCGUGCGUCGUCAUUAUCACAGAGUCAAGAUCACGUGCCUGAUCUGGUAGUCUCCCCAGCCCCCCCUAACUUCAACACUCCUAGUACAAAGGACAAAAACGAGUUCACAUUCGAGACUGUCGUGUCCAAUUCUCCUCCGUCAAGAAGAGAAAACGGGAUCAUUGGAUCUAAUGACACAAGGCAACCCAUCCCACUUGAGAGAAGAGAAACUCCCCCAAGAAAACAAGAAACACCACCUGGCAAACCGAAAUUCUCAGAACUGUCAGCGAACGAGGAAGUUGUCCAAGGCGGAAAGCGGCCCCUUGGAAGACUGGUGUCCGGGCAAAAGCCUGCUGCCACCACCGGCUAUCCGUUCAAUCGUUCGGAGGGUCGUGAUUCCGUGAAGUCGUCUACUGAGGACUCUUCUAUGGUUUCUGCUAGAGCACUGAAGAAAAAAGAGCCUAGAACCUCAGAUCCAUCAACUAGCGAUGCUAAAGAUGAAAACCAAAACGUGACGAAUGGGAGAGCAGCUUCGCCUUACACGAAGGACAACUCCAAGUGGGUUGAAGUGACAGGCGCCGUGACUCGUGACGCCGUAAACAACGUGGACGGCUUGUCCGUGCUUCCUGUAGAGGACGUGGAAACGAAUGAAGAGCUGGCUCUUCAGAUAGCCAUGGAUCCGACAAUUGAGACUUCAAAGGAGUUCGACGAGAGAAGGGCGCUACAGAAAGCCAAACUCUUGAGUCGCUUGAGAAAUGAGUCCGAUGUUGACAUUGCAGAUAUACCUGCAAGUGCGAAUGGCUUCCCAGCCAAGAUGGAAGGCAUGAGGGAGACUGAUGACCGACAGGAUGAUGUGUUUGUUGUCGAGCUGGAGAAGGGAGAUGACGGGAUAGGCCUGGGACUGAUUGAUGGACUGUACACACCAUUACGAUCGCCAGGGAUUUAUGUACGGACGCUUGUGGCAGGAGGUCCAGCCAUGAAGGAUGGUCGCCUCCGUCUCGGUGAUCGUAUCCUCGCGGUGAAUGGAACAAGUCUUGUUGGGGCAGAUUAUCAGAGUGCCAUGCAACAGAUCCGACAAUCAGGACAACAAUUAUCUUUCCUGGUGGCGAAGUCUGAUAUUCAUGUAGCUAUGAAGAUCACUGCUUCCAGCUGCUAAUGCUCUCUGGUAACCAUAGCAACCCCUAUGAUAACGUGAUGAUGAAGAUAUUGAAGGUCACUCGUUUCCAAGUCCUCUGCUGUUGACCGCGCAAUAUUCCAAAAAAUGUCGAGGAGCCCCUGUGAUAUUUGAAGUGAAAAAUGAUGGAAACAAAUUUUCCAGUGUAUUUAUCGAGCCUUGGUCCUCUAUGUGAAUCUUUUUACACCGUGCUUGUGGUUUUUUCAUGUUUUCUAGUCGAAUUUUACCAAAUUUCCACGAAAAUAUAGUAUUUUUGUUACCCAAGUCUUCGCAAGCAACGUAUUUUUUAUACUGAGUGUAUCUCUAAGAGUGUACAUUUUAAAGCCAGUUUACAGCACAUUUUAAAAGGGUUCUGUACAGCUGAGGUAGUUCUACACAAUGUAUGCGCUUUUCGCUUGUCUGUAACAUCCUCAGUCGUUCAUAUUCGUGUUUUGGAUUAAAGAUGCAUAAUUUAUUAUUAUACGUAUUGUAAUUUAUUCAGCAUCACUUGGCAGCUUUGUGUAGGAUGUAUUGAUUCGUAAUAAAAGCGCUUGGUAUACUAUG